UUCGUCGAGAUUCUUGGCGCAGAGAGUGACGAUGGAGCCUCCACCGCUGCCCCGGACGCUCGUGCUAGACUACUAUGAUUCAUACACCAACAACCUGGUCACCCUGCUCACCCGCACCUACGCGGACGCCGACGUGCUGGAAAAACUCGUGGUGGUGAAAGCGGACGAGUACACGUGGGACGAGUUUCAGCGCCUUGUCCUCCCCAACAUCGAUUGUGUCAUUCUCUCCCCCGGGCCAGGCCGCCCCGAUAACCCAGCAGACAUAGGUUUUGCUCUCCAGCUGCUGCGUCUACAUCCGCUCCCAAUCCUCGGAGUCUGCCUCGGUCAUCAAGCGAUCGGCGUAGCCUUUGGUGGGAAGAUCAUUAACACUCCCAAAAUCACCCACGGGCAUGUCAUUCCUGUCGCUCCGGUACAACCUCCCAUUGGGCUCUUCGCCUCUCCUUUGUGGAAAGCUGGUGGUGAAACCCAGUUUGAUGUGGUCGUUUACAAUAGUUUAACAGUAGACCCGAUGACUCUUCCUCAGGAUCUUGAGGUGACAGCAUGGUCCAUUCCUUCACUUGAUCGACCAGCUAGUAUCCAAGGACUGAGGCAUCGACUGUACCCCAUAUGGGGUGUACAAUACCAUCCAGAGUCAAUCUCUUCUACCUGUGGCUCAUCGCUACUCGUUUCUUUUUUGGACGAGGUCCACAAAAUCAAUAAUCAACCUAAGUCCUACCCUAACCUUCUUCCCUCGAUCGUCUCUUCCUGCGCAUAUCGUGUUGUCAAGGUUGGAUCAAAAACCGCAUCCCAUGACCCAUCACUCACUACGUUAGUCUCUUCAUCAAAGCUCGAGAAAGUGAGCAAGGCGUUUGAUGGAUUGGGCAGAGGUUUAACCACGGAGGAUGUAUUCCAGCGUCUCGUGAGGGAGCCGCCAAGAAAAAUGGAGAAAGCUGUAGCAGAGAUAUGGCUUGACGGGCAGACACCUACUCGCCCAACUACUUCUUCACUCGCUUCCCCGUCUUUCCUUCUCACAUACUCUCUCACCACUCGUACUGUCACACUUCACCGAGCGGGAUCCACUCCUAGCAUUCUCCCUCUCUCUGAAGAUAUCACCUUUUGGGAGUGGUUCUCCGCCGGGCAAGAAGCCAUAACCCGUAAUCUCCAUUCUGCCAUAGAACCACGAAUAAGCGGCUGGAGAGGAGGUUGGGUAGGCUGGUUUGCGUAUGAGAUGAAGGAGGAGAGCCUUACGGGUUAUCGAAGACGGAAAAGGGGAGAGGGCGAGGAAAAGGUAGAUGCCUGUUGGGGAUGGACGGAUCGAUUCUUAGAAAGAACCCCCAAGGGAGAAUGGGUAGCGAGGGGUGUGGUCAGACAAGAUGCAGAUCAACUCAGUGGGAUCGAAGGUUGUGACAUGUUGCGCUGGUUGCAAAAGGAAGGCAUCAUCCUCGGAACCACCCAGGAUGAAUGGGAAAACUACGUUCAAUCUGUGUCAAACGUCCUCGACGCUAGGGGUGAAUCGUUCACAUCCUCCCCGUUACCCAGGUUCCAUCCCUCCAGCUCAAGCGACGCCUAUCAAAAACAAAUUGACUCAUGUCGCGAGGCCAUUCGCCAAGGGGAGAGUUACGAGCUUACCCUCACCACUUCCUUUUCCUCCACCCCUUCAUCUUUCGAUCCUUUCGCUCUGUACUUGCACCUUCGGAAAUUCAACCCCGCCUAUUACUCUACCUAUAUGAGUUUCCCCGCCCUCUCAACCUCUUCAUUACAUGGCAGCUCAGGAACACAGGGUAUCACCAUCCUCUCAAGUUCUCCUGAACGGUUCUUGAAAAUCAACUCCUCCAGACAAGUGGAGAUGAUGCCCAUCAAGGGAACGAGAGCGAGAGUCAAGGAAGACCAAUGUAUAUGUCGACCUGGCAUCGGGUGUGGGGGAGAAAACCCAGGCUCGGUGGAGUGCAAACAGGAAGGGAGAAGGGAGGAUGAGCGAAGAGGGAGAGAAUUGGUUGAAGAUGUCAAAGAACGGGCAGAAAACCUCAUGAUUGUUGAUCUUAUCCGAUCCGAUUUACUCUCAUGUUGUAUCCCGUCAACAGUCACCGUUCCAAAACUUAUCGCUCUUGAAUCCUAUGGGGUGCAUAACCUAGUGACAACAGUGCAAGGCACGUUGGCAGAUAAUGUUGGGAGUGUGGAAGCUGUCAAAAGAUGUUUCCCGCCUGGUUCCAUGACGGGUGCACCGAAGUUGAGGUCAGUACAGCUUUUGGAUGAGUUUGAGAACCAUCAGCGAAGGGGCGUAUACUCCGGUGCUUUGGGUUACUUUUCUGUCGAUGGAGUCACAGAUCUCAGUGUUGUCAUUCGUACGAUCGUAGUCGAGGAUAAUCGAUUAAGUAUCGGGGCUGGAGGUGCCAUCACCUGGCUAUCGGAUAGGGAGAAGGAAUGGGAUGAGGUGUUGACCAAGGUGAAGUCUGUAGUUGGAAGAAUAGAGGAUGGAGAAUGACAUGCUGGCGACGGCAUCACAUCUAGUUAUUUGGGCAUUUAUGGGUUUAUUAUCAUCGCGUAGGAAGCAUGCAUGUACCUAAGAUGUACGUCCAGUUCGAAAGCGUAUCUUA